CAGAGUUGAGAGACAAAGAGGCACCCCCGGCAGACGUGAUCCACUGAAGAUCAAAAUGACUGAUAACGCCCCGGACCCCCAUCUGGAGGAGGAGGAUGAGCUGGACGGCAAGCUCAAUUAUAAGCCCCCGCCUCAGAAGUCUCUGCAAGAACUACAAGAGAUGGACAAGGACGACGAAAGUCUAGCCAAGUACAAGAAAACACUCCUGGGGGACUGUCCUGUGAUAGCAGACCCAACAGUCCCCAAUGUCACGGUCACCCGGCUAACCCUAGUGUGUGCUAGUGCCCCAGGACCAAUCACCAUGGACCUCACCGGAGACAUCGAAAACCUCAAAAAAGUAACUUUUGUGUUAAAGGAAGGUGUUGAAUACAAAGUCAAAAUUAACUUCAAAGUGAAUAGGGAUAUUGUGUCAGGCCUGAAAUAUGUUCAGCACACCUACCGGACUGGGGUGAAAGUGGAUAAGGCAACGUUUAUGGUUGGCAGCUAUGGGCCCCGGCCUGAGGAGUACGAGUUCCUGACUCCAACAGAGGAGGCUCCGAAGGGCAUGCUGGCCCGGGGCACUUACCACAACAAGUCUUUCUUCACCGAUGAUGACAAGCAUGACCACCUGACCUGGGAGUGGAACCUGUCCAUUAAGAAGGAGUGGACAGAUUAAGAGCGCCUGCCCAUCCCUCUUCUGACCUAGAAGGAUCCCGUCAUCCUCCCUCACUCCUCACUGUUCACAGCUGGGCCCUUUCCCAACACUCCCCCAUAACCUCUCAUUGCAGCAUCUUAUCGCCCACUGCCUUGAAAUCAGUUCCCAGCACAAGUGGCUUCAACCGACCUAAGCCAAACAACCCAAGCUUCAACCUUGCCUACUCCCUGAUUCCCAUCAGGGUGAUCUCUUCAAAGUUCUCUAUCUCAGUGCAUAGCCAUUGAAUGACCUCUUGUCUUAUUUCCAUCUGAGCAACUAGAGGACAGGAAGUGGAUAUAUACUCUCAUUAGCAAUACUUUAGUCUUAGAUCCCAGUAGCCCCUUCCACCCCUGCAUUCUUCUACGGUAGCUGCUGGCUCAAGGAAGGUCCCUAAUCACAUUCCCUAUAAGUUGGGGCUCUCCCUUCUUUUGUGGGAGACACUGUAAAUGGCACGAGAGGAAGAAUAAAAGAAAGAUCUGUGUAUUA